UGAAGCAUGUAAAAAACAUUAGGAUCGUAUUUGAUUGCAUAAAUAAUGGCAACACUAGUUUCGCCAGUCUCCUGUUUUCGUUCAUCACUAGCUGCUGCCGCCGUCCGUUUCCCAAUUGCAAGAGCAUCAUUCCGUUGUUCAUCAUCUACUGAGAUGGAGACGGAACAUUACAAAUUUGGAGCCUACAAGAUUGAUCAAAGGGAAGUCUUUUACUCCACUCAUCUUUCAUAUGCCUUGGUCAAUCUCCGCCCUCUUCUUCCUGGUCAUGUGCUUGUUUGCCCAAGGCGUGAAGUGAAGCGAUUUGUUGACCUCACCCCAGAGGAGACUAGUGACUUGUGGAUUUCAGCCCAAAAAGUUGGAAAGCAACUUGAGAAGUACCACAGAGCUUCUUCACUUACAUUUGCAAUACAAGAUGGUCCCCAAGCAGGGCAAACAGUUCCUCAUGUACACAUCCAUAUUGUCCCUCGGAAAGGCGGUGACUUCGAGAACAAUGAUGAAAUCUAUGAUGCUAUUGAUGAGAAGGAGAAGGAACUAAAGAACACACUUGACUUGGACAAGGAAAGGAAAGAUAGAAGCAUGGAGGAAAUGGCUCAAGAGGCUGAUGAAUACAGGAAGCUUUUUUCUUAAUUCUUACACCUUUUUCGCAUAUGGAUUUUGUAAGAUUUAUUACUUGUAAUAUUUUUCACCCUUUUAUUUAGCAUAUAAAAACUUCAUUGGUAGAAUGUCUUUAA